ACUGAUGCAGCAGUAGGGGGUGGUACAGCAGCAGGAGGGGGUGGUACAGCGACUGAUGCAGCAGUAGGUGGUGGUACAGCGACUGAUGCAGCAGUCGAUACACAAUCAACGUGACGGAUUACAACGGCAGGACCGUAGUUAGUGUCUAGCGUCAGAGAGUUAUAACUGCAGCAGUAGGAGCUAUAGCAACUGUACGGUGCAACAGUAGCAGCAACAGUAGCAGCAACAGUCGAAGUCACAGCAGCAGUAGCAGGAGGAGGAGGAAGAGGAUUUGUCACGUCGGUGACACCGUGAGUGGGAGCUGCAGCAGGGAUGCAGCAGUGACAAGCAGCUGUAGCAGCAGGAGGAGCUGCGGCAGCAGAAACCGCAGUAUCGUCGAUUUCAGAAUCAUCGAUUGCUACACAAUCGAUGACAAUAUUGGCGGUAUUAGUGUCGGCAACUACACCGGCAGGGAUACGCUUACAGCACGAGAUGCAGCAGUGUGGCAGCAUCGGCUAGAACAGGCGAAGUGGCGUCAUUAAAGUAGUUGCAGAAGCAGCAGCAGUCGUGGCGCCAGACGGCGGCAUUUAGAACUGCAACAGGAGGGGGGGAUAGAGCGAGCAGUAGCAGCAGUAGCAGCAGCAGAGGCGAGAGAGAGAUGAUCGUCAUCGCUAACAGCAGCAGCAGCAGCAACAGGAGCAGCAGCAGGAGCAGCAGCAGCAGCAGCAAGUGGCAUCAUUGAGGGCGACAGGGAAGGAACACCCCCCCCCCCCGACACCAGCAAUAUCUGAACCAUAAGUAUCGAUUAAGUCACAUGCGGUGCUUACAGCAGCAGGAGGAGCAGCAGCAGUAGCAGCAGCAGGAGGAGGAGCAGGAGGAGUAGCAGCAGCAGGAGCAGCAGCAGGAGCGGCAGCAGCAACAGCAGGAGCGGCAGCAGCAACAGCAGGAGCAGCAGCAGGAGCAGCAGCAGUAGGAGCAGCAGCAGCAGGAGCAGCAGCAGCAACAGGAGCAGCAGCAGCAGGAGCAGCAGCAGCAACAGGAGCAGCAGCAGCAGGAGCAGCAGGAGCAGCAGCAGCAGCCGCAGCAGGAGCGGCAGGAGCAGCAGCAGGAGCAGCAGCAGGAGCGGCAACAGCAGCAGCAGGAGCAGCAGCAGCAGGAGGAGCAGCAGCAGGAGCAGCAGCAGCAAAGGACGCCUUCAACAGCGCGCCGCUGGACAGCUACCGAUGCCGGCCGGACCCCACGGCCUUGCCGGCGAACGCUUCGGACGCGCAAGUGUGGCUCUGGCUCAUGCGUCGAGAAGCCCGUAGUGGUCAACAGUACCUGCAGCAGCAACAGCAGCAGUACCUGCAGCAGCAGCAGCAGAUGAACGGUGGUGGUGGUGGCGGUGGUCCGCACUGCGCACGUGUUCGCUACGGUGCGGCCGGUGCGGCUGCUGGGGUCAACAGGACCGAGGUGGGCACGGGGGAAGAGUGCACGGCGUGGGUGUACAGGGUCAGCCCCAGCCAGCCGGGGCUACGGACAACCAUCGUGACACAGUGGGACCUGGUGUGCAAGAAGUGGUGGCUCGUGCCGGCUGAACGCCUCGCGUUUAUGGUCGGCUAUGUCGUCGGCUGUGUGGCCAUGGGAGCGCUGUCUGACAGGCUGGGCCGCCGCUGCGUGCUGCUCAUCUCCCUGGUGCUGACGUCACUGGUGGGAUUCGCGAUGGGCCUCUCCAGCGGACCCGUCAUGUUCACCGUGCUGCGGCUGGGGCAAGGCCUCUUCCUCCCUGGCGUCUUCCUCUCCCUCUACCUCAUCCUGAUCGAGAUGUGCGACCCCCCGCGCCGGCUCAUGCGCUGCAUGAUGGCAAUGGUGUUCCUGGUGGGCGGAGAGAUGGUGCUGCCGGGGCUGGCGCUGCUGUGCCGUGACUGGGCCGUGCUGCAACCCGUGCUGGCCACACCGCUCGUGCUCUCCGUCAGCCUGGCGUGCGUGCUCGGUGAGUCUGCACGCUGGCUUCUCGCCACGCGCCAGGUGGCGGAGGCUCGCGCUGCCCUGGAGACAAUUGCCGAGCGUAACGGCGCUACCGAGGACGAGGAUGUGGCCCGGCGCAAUGAUGCUUUCCAGGAAAUUGAGUGCGCCCUGGAGUUUGCGUCUAAACCGCGUAAGCACAACGUCUUGGAGCUGUUCAGCACACGCAACAUAUGGAAGAACCUGCUCAUCCUCUGCUUUAUCACCUUCAUCGGCAGCGGGCUGCACCUGUGCUUCAUGCAGUACCUGCGCGACUCGGGCCACAGCUUCUACGCGCGCUACUACAUGAUGGCGGGCGCCGCCGCGGUCGGCUGCCUCCUCACGUGCGUGGCGGCCGAGCGCAUGGGCCGGCGCGGCACGCUGCUCGCCUGCGUCAUCCUCAUGGGACUGGCCAGCCUGCUGUUGCUGGCGCUCACGCAGUACUUAGUGCCGGAGCUGGUGCUGGCGCUCACGCUGCUGGGCCUGGUGGUGUCGCACGCUGCCGGCGGGCUCGGCGUGUUCGUGGCGGCCGAGGUGACGCCCACCGUGGUCCGCGGCGCGGGCCUGGGCCUGGCGGCGGGCUGCGCGUCGCUGGGCCGCGUGUCGGCGCCGCUGGAGGAGCUGCUGACGGAGCGCGGCUCCUUCCUGCACCACGUGGUGCUCGCCGCGCUCGACGUCGUCGCCCUGCUCAGCGUCAUGUUCCUGCCCGAGAGCCGCGGCCACCCGCUGCCCGAGAGCCUGAACGACGGCGAGACUUACCGCCAGCACCUGCAGCUCUCCUCCGCGCCCGGCGCGUGCGGCGGCGGCGGCGUUAGUGGCGGCGGCACCGGCGUCGAUCGAGCCGCUCCCAAUGGAGGCGGCGGCGGCAUCAUCGGAGACGGCUGCUCGCCCGCCGUGCCGUCCCUGCGCACGGCGUCGCGGCGCAAGCGGGACAAGGUGCCGCUGCUGAGCCAGGCGUCGGAGGCCGGGAGCUACGCGUCGGCGCGGUCCGACUCGUCCGAGCUGCGCGACAUCACCGCGGGAAUUGACUUCUGAGCGCGACGGUAAAACGGGGUCGUCGUCAUCGUGCUGACCGGCGGUGGCGAAGCGGCGUGCGUGGGAUUUGCGAUGGGAGGAAAAGAACCGGCGACGGCUCCGGCGGGAGUUCGGUCGAGUUAAACUGAUUGCGUCGCGAGGGUGAUGUGCGAUCCCAGGCUCUUGCCGAGAGGUUGACUUUUUCUCGUAACUGCAAGGCUAAUGCUGUUUUUGAUUAUUAAUGGUGAACUCGCUUUGCCAUUGUUACAAGGUAGUAGCGCGUGGGCGAGUUUGAGCCGUUCAAGUGUGGUCCUGCAUUUGUUCACAUUGGACUGCAAGUCGACGGUGGUUUCGAGUUGGAAUAAAUGAAAGUGGUUGCAAGUCGACACAAAAUAAGUUCUGUUUCGCCAGGAAGUCUGCGAGCGUGGCAGCCUGGUAACUGCUCUGCUAGCUUGGUAACUUCCUUUUUACCAGAGGCAAAAUAUGAGCGCUUUGUUACAGUAUGAAAUAAUACUAAUUGUCACGGGAUUCGCUAUGAAACUUGAUUCUUCCAAUAUUGUUUUUCCGGGUUAAACAAUAUCUACCGCAUGUACGUAACCUAUAUACAGAGUUCAAGCCAUUAUUUGUUUGAAGCUAGCUGAGUGACGUAUGACGCUGGCUGUGUGGGUGACGUGGAGUUGGGUGGAGGGAGAAGGCUUGCUGGUUAGAGACACGGUUGGAGUGCGAGGGAGUGUGAGACCAGCCAGAGAAGGACAUCUAUUGGGGCUCGUUGGAUAGAAGAAAUGUCAGCCGUUAUCGAUCAAUUCAAAACGUCGCUCUUUCAACUGUUCACUGCUCAUUGCUUACGUCUACGUAUGUUUGGGGCAAUGUAAGGGUAAUAAUAACAACAUGAUAAGACCGUAAUGAUUAUAUAUAUAUGAAAAUAAAUAAUGAACAUACAUUGAUUUUGUCAAGUCAGACAUUAUGACGGAAAAAAAUGUCCGAUUCAAAUAUAUUCAAACGUGGUAUUCCAAUUUGCUUUGCGUACGCCACGUGGAUCUGUGUAUCGCUCGUAGCUGUGCGGUGCAUCUCGGACGACGCUCUGCGGUGGGCCCGGUGCACUUUAGCGCUCACAAUGUUUUGACGCGCGCCGCUCGAACGAAUGUCGGCGUGCCCGGACGGGUGGCGUCUGGGCACGCAACGCCGGCGAUGUCAUUGUUUGGAGUUCCUUUAGGGCUCGGGUUGUUCCAUGCCGUCACCCUCUUAUCUCGAAGUCAUUUGCUCGCGAGCCAGUUCCAAACGGGUGCCUCAUCACAUUCGCUGCCGCCACCGAGUGGCCUGCUUGUGCACGACGGAAUCGCCCUGAAUGCGCCGGAUGAUUUGUGGCCUUCCGGAAGCUAAGUGAGG